AAAGUGGAAUGCCUCACCGUGGACGCAUGCCAGGGUGCCGAAUUUGAUUACGUGCUCAUCUCACCGGUGCGGUCAAACGGCCGGAAAGCAAUCGGGUUUGUGGCUGACUCCAGGAGAGUUAACGUCGCGAUUUCCCGUGCAAAGCGCAUGUGUAUCAUAUUUGGUGAUCGUAGGACGAUGA